GUAAAAGAUCAUAUUAUAAUUUAUAUUUCAAAUGUCUAUAACCGCGAAAGACUGUAAGUACAUAAAACAAAUUCUGAAAAUCCCUAGUUUUCGACCAAUGAUAACGUAGGUAUAUUAAGAAAUCUGGAUGUCCAUAGAAAAUAAAAAACUUUUUGUCAUAAAACCAAUGAAAACAUAACUUGCAUACAAGGUAAAAUUUGGUAAAACUGGAAGUCAAGUCUUUCUACCGUAUAUACACGUUAUACUUUAUGCAUGAAUAUGCAAUAUCAAAACAGUAGACUAAGGCGUGCGAUAAACACAUAAAAGUAUUGGAAUAUUCCCAUUAAAUGUUCCGUAAUAAUGAGAAUGACGUACAACGAGAACAAAAAGUAUCACAGCUCGUGUACACGAGUAGAAAUGAAAUUUGACUGACCGAUGAUUUAAACAAAUAAAUCAACCGGCAUGAAUCGUGCUUAAAGGCGUUGUCAAUGUAAUAGACGUUUAUCAUAUUACUAGCUGCAAUCAUUUCUAAAGUGGUUCUUCAAAUUUUCAAUCGUAAUUUUCUGUGUACAAAUUGAUGCAAAUAUUUUUUUCUUGAUUAUUAUAUGGAUGCGUUCAAGCAUCCAUGUGGAUGAAAGUAAAAGAAGAAUGUAUAUUUAUAUCGCGAAUAGUUUUGCCAGCUGAUUGUCAUCUAAACGCAUCAUGUGAAGGAUGUGCCGUGAGAAAUUUUAGAUUAUACCAUCCAUAUAAUUACCAUAGUAACGAGUAUCAUACUCUGAUUUAUAUUUUAUGAACUUUCAACUGGAGGUAGAAACAGAGUGGAGACAUCAACGAGUCUCUUGAAAGAAUGGGAAAUAAAAGUAGUUGCUGCGUUUAUUCCAGUCCUCAAGUUGGACGUAAGGAAUUAGGAACCGAAGGUGUUACCCGAGGUCUUGAGGAACAUUUACCAGAAGGUGGAAUUAGUGUUAAUAAUUUACAACAUAUUAGUGAACGUGAACCAGAAGACUGGGACUCAGAUCCAUCAUUACACCCCUGUGCUGGCACUAUUUUUAUGGAACGAUCGAAACAAGCUAUUGAAAAUGGCAUGGUAAGAAAAAAAAGUCAGCACCAAAUUGCAGAUAUAAGGCCUUUAAAAAAGAGUAGCAGUUGCAGUACAAUAUAUUUAGAUGACAGUACUGUUUCACAACCAAAUCUUAAGAAUACAGUAAAAUGCGUUGCCUUAGCUGUUUAUUACCACAUAAAAAACAGAACCUCACAGCGACAGAUUGAUAUAUUUGAUGAGAAACUACAUCCCUUAACGAGGGAGGGUGUUUCAGAAGAUUAUGAUAAACAGAAUCCAGAACAUAAACAAAUUUACAAGUUUGUGAGGACAUUGUUUAAUGCUGCUCAACUUACAGCUGAAUGUGCCAUCAUAACAUUAGUUUAUUUAGAACGUCUGCUUACCUAUGCAGAAAUAGAUAUAACACCAGCCAAUUGGAAACGAAUAGUACUUGGAGCUAUUUUAUUAGCAUCAAAAGUUUGGGAUGAUCAGGCUGUAUGGAAUGUAGAUUACUGUCAAAUUCUUAAAGAUAUUACAGUAGAAGAUAUGAAUGAAUUAGAAAGGCAAUUCUUGGAAAUGCUACAGUUCAAUAUAAACGUUCCUUCAAGCGUGUAUGCUAAAUAUUAUUUUGAUCUUCGCACGCUCGCAGAAGCAAAUGAAUUAACAUUCCCUAGUGAACCCCUCAGUAAAGAAAAAGCUCAGAAAUUGGAAGCUAUGUCCAGAGUUUAUGAAGACAAAGUUACUGCUGAAGCUUUACGUACUGGUAUUAAAAGAUGGUCAAGUUUAGAUAACAUAUGCAUAGGUGGACCUAGACGUAGUAUUGCCAUUCUAUCCUAAAUUUUGGAUAUAAGUAGGUACAUUACUUAUAUCCAUACAUUCUCAAUCAAGGUACGUGAACAAGAAAAAGGUUUGCAGACCUAUUUCUAAUAUAGUAUUAAUCAAUUUCAAAUUUUCAUAAGCAUAUCAUUUUUAUUACUCAAUAAUUUGUAUGUACAUUCUUUUAGUUAAGUAUUUUAAUGCAAUACAAGUUUUAUAAGCAUUAUUUAACGAAUGUUCAAUUCCUUUUCAAUUACGUUUGUUUGAUUGGAUUGCACAGUUCUACAUUUUUUAUUGUUUCAGUUUGUACAAUAAUAAAAUAUUGUAAUAUCUAUAUAUAUAUUUCAAUUGCUAAAAUUUGUUUUUAUGAAAAUAUUUCUAAUUUGAUUUCAAUUUGAAUUCAUGUUUUAUAUAAAUAAUAAAAUUAUUGAGAAUUGUCCGCAGUUGCUGGGAAAAUUAAUUUUUUAAUUGGGGACCUCUUAAUAUAUUAAAGCAAAUUAUUCACAUGUUACAUAGGUAAAAGUAAUAAUAAAGUUUUUACUCUUUAAUUAACUUCUUUGAUUAAAAGGAACAAAUUGUGAUAUACGUCAGUUAUUUUAUAUUCAAAAUAGUUAUGAAUUAAUUAAAUGAUUUAAUAGACAAACUUCUAACAAAUUCGUUAAUAAUGAUAUAGACAAAGAUGAAAAUAUUUCGCGUUAUAAAAAUUAAUUUGAAUCUAGUUUUAUUAAAUUUUCUGUGCAUUAAUGUUAUGCAUUUUAAUAGAAUUUAUUCUGAAUAAUUUCAAUAAAUAUAUUUGAAGAAUUUGCAAGUCAAGUCUUAUUAAUUAACGUGAUAUGUGUAAAGUACCUUUUUAUAUUCAAAUACUUUUCCAAAUUUGUGUUCAUAUAUAGUUUAAAUUAACAUUAGUGCGAGAUAUAAUGAAUAUAUAAAGUAAUGUAUAUUUUAUAGCAUUAGCAUAGAUAUUAUAUAAAAUUUCAAAUUUUUUCAAUGUAAAUUGCGUUUAUGAUUUGUAUUAAUUUUUCAUUUAUCAUUUGAGCGAUUAUCAUUUCUAAAGUGCAGAUAAAAUUCAUUACAUAUUAUUAAUCAUGUUUAAUUGAUUAUAUACAUCUUGUAUGAUCAAAAUCUUCAAUAAUUUAAAAACUAAUAUUUUUCUUCUUUAUUUUAACUAAACGAAAUUAUACAAAUAUUAUAUUGCUUCGAUCGCUAAUUUCAUACUAGUUACAUCAGUAUCAUUAAUCUCUUUCUUUCAUACUUUCAAUGUUAUAUAUUUUGAAAAAAUGUAUUACUGAGGAUUAAUAUACUGAUAGCCUUAUACUUUUUGGUCUUAUUAAGAUACUGAUGAGCUUAUGUUUGUUUUGAAAAAUAGCAAAAUUCAUUUCUAUAAAUAUACACAUGAAUUUAUUUAUAUUAUUUGUAAUUUUUAAAUUAUAAUAUGGCAAGAAUAUAUUUUGACGAAUUCCUUUACUUUUUGUGUAAUUAUCUCUGACAUCGUAGCAAAAGAUAUAUUAGCUACAGAAAUAAUAAAGAAUAUAUUAUUUGAAACAGUCAUUUACAUAUAAACAAAUCUUAAUCGCAACUGUUUCUCUUUCUCUUUCAAUUUAUAUAUAUCAAUGUUAAGUUAGAAAUUAUGCAAAUUUAUGUUUGUAAAACUUUUGAUUACUAGUGUAGAGAUAUUAAUAAUUAAUUUGUUUAUGAUGAUUUAUAAUUAAUAAAAUGAAGUAAUAAUUUGUAGCAAUUGCAGCAUUUUAAUAAAAUUUUUAGAUCAGCCUGUUUAUUAUACAAUUUAUAUAAGCAAAAUGCAACUUGCAUUUUUAAUAAUUUUCGAUUAUCUCAAAUGGUGAUAGUAUUACAUUCAAUUAAUUAGUAAAAGUCGUUUUUAAUUAACA